UUUGUUGCUGCCUCAGAAUCUGAAAAGGCAGCUUUGCAAGCCAUACUUUAAAUGGUCGCAUGGAAUAAAUGCUUUGCAGUGGCCAUUGCUAUCGUGGCUUCUGCAGUUCUCCACUUUCUUAACCACCUGUGGUAAUGUAGACGGCGUUGCGGGGUUGAAAGGUUUUGAUUUAUUUAUAUACUUUGCUGUAGCACAAUAUUUUUUUGAUGUCAUACAUUUUUUUUGCAAAGCAUUUCUGAUUUGCAGUACGAACAGUAUUGCCCGUCAAUCAUCCCCAAUUACCGGCUCCAGCCACCCUUUAAAUUCAGGAUGUCCAGACGAGGCCGUACCGGUCCGACCGGGCUCCGGAGGAAACGGGACACGGAGGAGCACCGGAAGGAGAGAAGACGGGCUCUGCAGGCCCGACACCGGGCCAACCUGGCCACCCUGUUCGAGACGCUCAACACCGUGGUCUGUCCCACAUCCGACAAGAUGCCUGCCAAGUGGAAGAUCUUGGACCACGCCAAAGGAUUUCUGAAAGAGCAGGAAGCCCACCUGAGCAGACUGAUGCUACUGAAAGGGAUAUUCCUCGGUAAUGAAGACGGGCCGUGCAGCUUGGAGGAAGUGAGGGCAGAGUACCGGAGGCUGCAGUCACACAGCAG